AUGUCUUUCUUAUUCGGCGGUCGUCCCCAAGUGUCUUCGGAGGAGAAGAUUCAGCAGGCAGAGUUAGAAUUCGAGAUGAUAUCAGACAUGGUGAAUCGACUCAAUGCCGCGUGCUUAAAGAAAUGCAUCCCUACAGACUACCGAGAAGGCGACCUUAACAAGGGCGAAUCAGUCUGUCUUGAUCGAUGUGUGUCGAAGUUUUUUGAAGUACAUAUGAAGGUUACAGAGAAGAUGAAUCAGUUACAAGGCCAAUCUGGCGCUGGCCAGCCAGGAACCGGCUUCAGGAUGUGA